AUGAGUUUAGUACAGUGUAAUCAUCUUACACUUUCCAAUGAACACUGUACAUCAAACAGUCAUGUGAGUGUUCUAUGUUCAUCAGUACCGACCACAACUGCUCCAAGCACCACAGAAACGACAACUACAGCAACCACGACAAAAACCACAACAACCACCACGACUUCAAGAACAACACCGACUGUUACAUUGUGUCCAAUGAUAUCAUCACCUAUGGUUCCAUCGAAUAAUACGCUGCCGGCACAGUGUUCAACAUAUAAAACUGUCACUGAUGGCAGUCGUCGUGUAACUGCUCCAUCUGGUAUCUUUAGUGAUCUUGGUUAUCCGUUUAAUAUUUCUACAACUGGCGCAUGGGUACGCUUUAUGGGCGAUGCCGGAACACAGUUAGUUAGUUGUCCAAUAAGUGGUAAUAGAUGUGGAGCGCAGUAUACUCUCUGGUACGGUAACAAUCAUCCGUCAACAACUGGAGGAACAUCUUCUGGAUUAGUUUGUUAUACAGUAGGCAGUGCCCAAUGUUACUUGACAAACUCCAUCUCAGUUACAAACUGUAAUGGAUUUUUUAUAUAUUUAUUAACUAAAACAGUGUAUAGCUAUGCAAGGUAUUGUACGCAAUGA